UCGACGGAGCAAACACGCAGCAGCCCCUUGCUGCGAUGACCAUAAGCUGCGACGUGCUGUCGAUAACAUCGCGCGGCACCGCACAAUAUUGACUGGAUGUAUCUUGGCGGGCGUCUAGCCCACUUGAACUCGACGCCACCACACCAUCAUUCGCAGCAAAGAAACCCCCAGGGCCCCUACAACUCCGCGCGAGUAUUCGUCGACUCGACGACCCCUUCCGAACUCCACGCUGGACAGUAUCCCUGCGUGUUGAGACCUUCCGGACAGGCUGAAGCAGCCUCGACCGGCAAUGGAACAACGUGGGGUGAGGCGGAUGGUAUCACUGAUACGUUAGAAGGCGAUCGAAAGCAGCAAACUGUGCUGUUUAUAUGGAAGGCUCAAACACGGCUGGAGACUUGCUGCAAGUUUCGUUUUUUUUUACUUCUAAGACAAUUGCUCUAGGAGCUGCUGCAUUCGGCGAAGGAGCUGCUCAUUUGCGCACUCCACGCUGCGAUAUGGCGGUCGCACCGUCGCGGCGCCCCCGAAAACGCGGAUGCUGUCAUCCGCUUCCACGUCAAAUGGAACGAAGUUCUGCCAACAGCAAACGUUGUGUUAGAUUAGUGCGCAGCCACAGUAAACCAUCACCUAGUAGGUGACCUACCUUCGUCAAGACCUGACCGAGCUGCUGCUGUCGCCGUCGCUGGAUGCUCGUCGAGUCUUCCAGGCUGGAGUUUCUACCUUUUUCCAGCUCCUUCUUCAGUGCACCUAGGGUGGGGAGAUCGGUGCUCUCUUGCAGCCCCUUUUCGAUGCCUCGUACAUGGUGCGCAAGCACGAUCUUCACGUUGUAGCCUGAGUUAUCUUGCCCCAAAGGACAUAACAGCGCUACGUGAUCAGUUUCAGGGUCGAUGCAAUACAACACACCGUGCGUGUAUGUGCCAUCCUGGAGCAGCACGCGCGUAGACUCCCCGAUGAGCGCGGAGCAUUGGUCGAAUAGCGAAUUCUCGCUGGCCAUGCUCUGCUCCAGUAGUUCCCAAAUAUCACUCUGGCACAUGAUAAGACGUGUAUAGCCAUAUUCAUUAUCCGAGAUAUAGCAUAAAAAGCAAACUAAUGGAAAUGAAAGUAGUGGCGCCUUCUUCGGCACUACUAUACA